AUGGAGAAGCGGCGGCGGCCGGUGGUGGUGACGGGGUUUGGUCCAUUUGGAGAACACGCGGUUAAUGCCAGCUGGAUUGCAGUUCAGGAGCUUGAGAAGCUGGGCUUGGGAGACGGUGUGGAUCUGCACGUGUAUGAAAUCCCAGUUGAAUACCAAACUGUACAAAGACUAAUUCCUGCAUUAUGGAAGAAGCACAGUCCACAAUUGGUAGUUCACGUGGGUGUUUCGGGCAUGGCUACUACUGUAACGCUGGAAAAAUGUGGACAUAAUGUAGGCUACAAAGGCUUGGACAACUGCCGGUUCUGCCCCGGCUCCCAGUGCUGCGUAGAAGGGGGUCCAGAGUGCAUCGAUUCCAUCAUUGACAUGGAUGCGGUGUGCAGGAGAGUCUCGACGCUCGGGCUUGAUGUUACAGUGACUAUCUCCAAGGAUGCUGGCAGAUACCUCUGUGAUUUUACUUACUACACGUCCUUAUACCAGAGCCGGGGCAGGUCUGCAUUUGUUCACGUGCCUCCGCUGGGAAAACCCUAUACUGCAGAACAGCUGGGCAGGGCCCUGCAGGCGAUCAUAGAGGAAAUGCUCGAUGUUUUGGAGCAGUCUGAGGGCAAAAUUAAUUGUCAGCAUGAACACUGAAACUGGGCAGACGUCACCCCACUAUUGCACUUCCAAGAUAAUUCCCUACUGCUAAAAUCCAGGGGAAUCCAGUCUGUCUGAAACGUGCACAGUAAGAACCCAGACUUGAGAAUCAAGGUGAAUUUCACUCGCAGAAAUUGCCGUUCUUUUCUUCAGACGUGUGCAUUUCAGCUUAGGCGAAGGAGGAUUCAAAGUCUCUUCCCUUAAACCACCUGCAACUACUUAUGUCCAGAACUGGCUGAAAAGCGUGCUGUAUUUUCUACAGAGCUCACCUGUCAGCUGAAUGACAGCUCCUGAACAAUCUCAUGCAGGCCAGAUGGAAAGGUUUAUACCUGGAAUUGGAGUUCAGGUGCAGGGGAUGGAUAGUGCCUGCUAAUUACUAGUCCUUAAUUUAAAAAAGGAAAAAAAAACCCUAGGUUUUUAAUAUAAAAGGAUAGCUGAGAACAGUUGGCAUAGAAGGAUCUGGGCAUGUCUUUGUGAGUAGCCUUUUUCCUUAAGUGUAUUUAUUUGGUAUACAAGUCACUAAUUCUUCAGUGAAAUCAAAUGUGUUUUGGGCACUAAAUCUUUCUUUCUUUUUUGCCAAUCCUAAACCAGUGCGUUAUUGUGGACCCCAUGAGGGCUCGGAGUAGGUCGGACCAGCCUGGCUGCUGCCAACAGAAGGGGUUUGAGAUUCCUUGUGUGGAGUGCUCUGAGACGUGAUGUGGGGAUGGCUUUUUGUAUGUGGCACGUAUCCAAAAUGCCAAAUAUUUCCAAAUGUUUUUGUGUGUUUUUUUUAAUUAUUAUUGUGCUAAUGCCACCUUUCGUGCUCAGACCAACUGUAUACCUCCUGUACAAAGCACACUAUCCCAUUCCUGCACAGACCACAGUGUGCAGCAGGUGAGAGGGCUUCCCUCGUGACUGCUUUCUGCUUCGGGGAUGUACUUUCCUAGAACCUUGGUGCUAGAAGUUACCCAGCCUUUACCUUAAAAGCAUCUCCGUGCUUUCCUAUUGUUAAUUAAUUAAUUAAUUAAUUGUAAAUUUUCCUUCUCUUCAGAGGUUGGAGGUAGCGUGAUGUCCGAGUUAAAUACUAGGUCGCUCUCUUGAUUUGUCUUUCAUACGCACGUGCUAAAAUGCAGCUUCAAGGCUGGACCAUUUCUGCCAAGCCAAACACCCCAAAGUUUAACCUCUUCCGCUGCCCCAAACCGAUUUGUUUGGAAACCUUAAGAAUUGUACCUAAAAUAGGCAUUUCUAGGUUGCCUCUGGCCUCAGUUGUCGCAUUGGGGCUCCUCGGUUGUGCCCUGCAGACUCUCCAGAUGUGGUACUGAGAAGAUGGCUGCAACUUUCCAAGCCCUGAGGGGAACGUUACUAAGCCAGUGUGUGUGUACUCAACCUCCGAGCCAUGGUUGUGGUGCAUGGUAGGUGCCAGGGUAACACUGGUUGUGGCUGGCAUGUCCUCUCUGGGCACUGGUUUUGAAUGAGAACUUCUAUGACUAGUUCUAAUGCUUUUACUAAAACGAUAUAUUGACAUAAAUACACUUUGAGACUUGCUAGAAAUGUCUAUCGCUAUUUUUGAGUUCUUCAAUUAUGAUGUUUCUGUCCUAGUAUCUCUCAGUGAGAGCUGCCUUUUUAUUGCUACUUCCCAACUGGAAGUCUAGUGACAAAGAACAUGCCACUUCUCAUGUGCAUUUGAGAGAGAGGAUGGAGACUUCUGCAGCUGUGUUCAAGACACCUCUUUUGCUAGAGAAGCUUGUCUGAAUGUAUGUUUGGGUUGCUUUUAAGGUUAGUUGACCACAGAAGUGGUCGUUGUGUUUCUAUACAGGCUCUUCUGGAUCAUGGAAGUGGCCUUAGAAGCAAGGGUCCAUUCUCCUCCUUGUCCAGAUGCAGAGUAGCACUUGUUCGGGAACCAGCAGUGGGGAAGACCCCAGCUUCCUGUCUAGUAAUUUAUUAUAUUUAAUGCUUUGUUUAAAUACCAGUGAUUUUUGCAUGGUUUUUACCCACAGUGGAGUUACUUCACUUUUUCCUGUAGGCAGCUCUGAUCAUCAAAAUGUAUCAACUGCUGAACUUCUUAAGAAGAAAUGAUUCAUGUUUCCCCUGAACGUUGCAGGUGAUGGGAGUCGUUUGCCGUGACACUGGUUCGCCUACACUUAACCUCUCAGCUGCGAAUAAAGUAGGAGCAGGAGCUCCACAGCUGGGGGAGGUGGAGUGGCGGUGGAAGCGAGGCUGGUCUCUGACCUGGCUGCGGCACUGCGGGUCCCAGGAAGUCACAGAUGUGGCUUGGCGUGGCUCAGCAAAAGCUCUGCUCUCUGCAGAGUGCUGGCUGGCUCGUUGGAGCAGACGUCCCGUGUCCGUGGCACCUGUCUGCCUCCUGGUUCGGGGGGUAAAUCUCUAGCAGCUCUGCAUCUAGGGAUCAUUGGCUGGUCUGGUGACCCUGUUCCGACAGACGUCUCCGGUGCUCAAGGAGGUGCACGGGUUCCUCCAGCAUUUCCCUGCUCAGUGCUCCGCACGCCAUUAUUGAGGGGCUUGUACACGCUGAGCGGAGAGCCUUCCUAGUGCCAAUGUUGCACGACACCCAGUGCAAUCUGCUUGAGGCCAAGGGGUUGCUGUAUGGAAGUCUCUGGAGCGAGGAGUGGAGAAGGGGGGAGGGAUGCGGCUGUGCAGAGGGAAGACUACUGCAGAUUAGUUUUGCCAACCUGUAAAAGUCUCCCCUCCAGCACCCUCAGGCGGCCCUCUUGCCACCGCCUCUUGCAAUCCUCCUUGGAGGGGAGCUUCGAUUUCAGUGAUUUCUGCCUGCUCAAGGACUGAGAAUUGAGCCCUUCCUGUUGGUCAUAUUUUUUUUUUAUUUCCACAAAUGUUCUUCACUUUAUUUUGAGCUUUGUUUUAACUGUCUGCAUCCCCUCACCGUUUGCUUUUGUAAAGCUUCAUGUGAUCAGUUUUAUUUACUAGAAAACAUAAUUUAUUCUAUAAUCUCUUUGUUCUAAGAAUUAGUAGUUGGAGAUGAUUUUUUGAAAGAGCGGGUGUUUUAUGUUGUUAGUAGUCAAGUUUUGUAUAGCAAAACUUUUUUAAUUGUGACAUUUAACUCAUUUUAUUUAAUCCUACCUAAAUUAAAUACUUUUUUUGUUUUGUUGAAUCUUUUUGUUAAACUCAUUAACAUGCAAUGCGUUUCCUAUAUAUACGUCUUUGGUUUGCAAUUGCAACAUAAAAAUGAUCAAAAGCUUCUCCAAACAGUGACUGUCAUGUGUAAUGUUUGCUGUCUGCUUUCUCCUUCAGAUCAUUUAAUAAAGAGAACUAUGCUAAUUUGCAUGGCCUGGAAGACCCAUUGCCAACUACCAAGCUUUUCAAAGAAGCAAGUAAACGAAGGAAAGUCAGGCUGACUUCUCAUUAGUUUACUUUAUAUUUUUACAGGGUAAUAACUUGCAAAGCUUUAGCAAGGUCUCAUUGCAGCGCCGGGUCUGCUGUUCAUCGCCUCUGCACAGUGGGGUUGGAGAGCUGGGGGGAGCAGGUUUGCAGAGAAGACAAGAGAAUUGGGGAGGUUCCUUUGCACAGGGCCGGGUGUUGUGUUAUGCACUCGCCAAGCAGGGGGUGAGUGGGUGACGUUUGGCACUUGGCUGUUUCAGUGUGAAAACAGUGUUGGAUUGUGAGAAGCUACAGAUACUUGUGUAGCCGUUCCAGAAUUGGUGACCACAAGAGCGGGGGAAAUCCAGGUUGCGGAAGUGCCCAGUAACGUACAUGGUGUGAUGGGAGGAGGUGUACAGCAGCUCCUGAACCUGAAGGAUUCUGCGAAUAGAAAGACUUGGGCGUCGGGAGCGUGCUCGUGAAGUUGAACGCUGCCACAUGGGAGUGGGUGGCGCGAGCAUCAGAGAAGGGAUUUUGGAAGAUGAAAGGUCACGCAUGGCGCACGUUUGUUUUUAGUGCGGCUCAGGUUCAGUCUCCUCUGGGCUGGGUAGUCGCAGGGAAGAUGGCAAAGAGUUAUGGAGAUGGUUAGAGGUGUUGAGGAGGAUUGUGACGUGGGACUGAAAAGCAUUUUCUGUGGAGGGGCCUGGGUGAGGGCUGCCCAGCCUCCUCCCUCUCUCCGCUCCAGGGACAAAGGGAACAUUAAGAAUAUAUUUGAAAUAAAUGCCACCUUCUGCAUUUCACCUGGGAGUUGACUGCUGCUGGCAGGUGCUUAGCUAGCCUCUUGAUGCUGGUUUGGGUGCUGGCAACAGCACGCACAGAGGAAUCCAACUUUGUGGCGUAAGUAGGCUUCUGACAGAAAUCGAGAAGUGAUCUUCGUCCCCAGGUAGUGCUGCGUGAUGGAGCAGGGAGAGGUGGCACUCGCACAAGAGCAGCCCGAGACAGGAUAAUGGACUUGUUGGGCCAGAGGUCUGAUCUAAUGUGAUAGCCUAUCUGCAUUUCCGUAGCACUUGUGCGGUAAGUACUUAGAGCAAGUCAAGAAAGGAUCUCAUUUACUUACCCAGGCAGCAAAAGGUUUUGUUUUUGCUUGGCUGCGACAUCCAGACUUUGAUGUGUUGUGUGUGGUCUGCCCAGCUUCCAGGAGCGUUAACGGCUCGUGCCUCGCUCAGCUGGCAGGCGGUAGCAAAGUCGCUGGCAUGAGGUGGUCUGCCUGGGGUAAGGACUCGGGAGCGCCCAAGGCUGCAGACUAGCUAGCAGAAGGCACCGACUCCAGGAUUUUUUCAGUGAAAAACGUAAGGCACUUGUCUGCCUGCCUGCCUGCCUGCCUACCUUCCUUUCAGUAUUGUGAUAAUCCUCAUACUUGCCAUAUGUGAUGGUAUUCAGUGAAAUGUGUUAUAACAAGCAGACCCUUGAAAGGUGUAAAAGCAGUGACAAGGGGAAGACCUGCCUGAACCAGAAAAGGGGAAAGAGGUGGUAAAAUAUCAAAGAAAUAGCUUCAUCUGGCCCACUCCCUGUAGCACGAGCAAGAACAGCGGAUUCUGGCAGCCUGAGGGUGCUCUGCCGCAGCUGAAGUGCGAGUCUGGAUCUGUUUUAACUCCGUGUUUCUCAUCUUUCGAACCAGUGGAUGAACAGCCUCGCUCCAAGCACUGCUUACCACUUCUGAGGGCUGGUCCAGGUUAGUUCACUCUGCUGACUCUUUUCCAGCUGUCUUGGGAAGCUUGCAUGAAGUGCAGCCUGUCACACCUUAAAAUCUUGUUGCCAUGUCCCAGAAAUCAUUGCUAACGCUUUUGCGGUGGUGGAAGGCGCUUUUCUUUUCCAAACUAGCACUUGCAGUUGGAUGGAACGAAUGGUCUCUUAUCAGUGCAAAAAUACUUGGUUGGUUUGCUAAACGUCCAAAGCAAAGCAAAACUCUCUCAAGGAAAGAUAGACCCGUAGCUGCUCUUCGGCCAUUCAGAUAAACUGUUAACCACUCGCCCAGUUCUUUGAAACGAGGAAGUUGCUGCUACUUAAAGAUGUCUGUUGUAGAUAGGAACAAAAUACGAGAAACGAAACUAUACACUGCCCUCCAGGUAACCUCUGUGCUACUCCUAAUGCAGAUUUAGGUAUAGUAUUGUAGCUUAUUAAAAUACCAGUUUACUUUAAUGAACAGGGAGUGCCUUUCCUGGGGCCGGGCUUGCUUUUGGGAUGCAUGUGGGCUUGGGGAGGGGAAAACGGGGAGACUGGGCUCCUGCAGCUGGGUGUAAAUUGCUGAACUGUUUUCCAGUCCCCUUUCGGUGAGUAAAUUCUGUAGCAGCUCUGCACUGGACUCAGCUAUUACAACCUCUGGAAAACCCAUCCAGACCUAGCGAGAGCAGAGAAAUUGCUGUUUUAGCAUGUGUGUGCACACGUGUGGAUGUGCACGCGCACACGGUCUGUCUUGUCACUGUGCGUUUGGUAACCUGGCUGAUCUGCUGCUCCCAUUUCUUCAGAUGCUCUGUUAUCUGUUUGGACUUCCCCUGGUUAUGCAUGUUACGGCAUCACUUGGCCUUUCAAGUCCUCCUGUACGUCAGUUGUGGUGAAAUCAAACAAUUGUCUUUUCCGAGUAUCUCAGGUGUUGCCUAUCUUGUGCUUAUCAGGACUCUUGGAGCUACAAUUAUAAAUUUGUUGGGGCUUCUGUUUUACUCAGUGUGUUCUCGCAGUGCCUUGUAAAACCAAACAAUCUCGUGUGUCACAAAAGGGCUGUGUAAUAACGAGUGGUACCGUACGUACUUCAACUUGCCAUGGCUAGACUGGACUCUGUAACAGAAAACUGACACUGGUAGUUCGAAGUCAAUAAAAUGAGUGAACUCUU